GCCCUGGAGAUGCUCAGCCAGGUCACCGAUCACAUCCGCAACCCUUCCGCGUUCGUCAUGAACAUGUGCAAGCGGAAGCAGCAGGAGGCGACGCAGCCGCUGCCGCUGCGACCCGAUGACAGGCUGAACGAGAAGAUCGAGGGCAUGGGCCUCGACGGCAGCUGCUCCAGGGUCCUGCACCAGCUGCCGAUCAACGAGGCGCUGUACAUCCUCGGGCAGGUCGACGAGGGCGUGCGCAACCCGUCGGCGUUCGUCAUGGCCAAGGCGCACGCGGCCAUGAAAGGAGGCGGCAAGGGCGCCCCGCCGCCGAGCGCGGCCGAGCGGGUGGACGCGCGGGCCCACGAGCUCGGGCAGCGCUGCGCGCCCCUUCUUGGCGGCGGCGGUCAGUGGUGA